AUGGCUUCCAUGGCUGCCGGCAGCUGCAUGUCUUCCUUUAACUUCAAAUCCAUCCACCCUCCAAAACGCACCGUUUUCAACUUCACCAUUAGAAGUAUAGCCACCCCGAUCCGUCCUCCAUCUGUCGGUGUUCCAUUGCCCGAGAUCGACACUCCUGCCCACCCGAGUCAUGUUGCGUGGACUAGCGUGCAACAAGAACGAUGGGAAGGAGAACUCUCCGUUCAAGGCGAAUUGCCUCGCUGGCUGGUUCGUUUUAAUGGGACGUACCUGAGAAAUGGACCUGGAAUAUGGCAUAUUGGCGAUUAUGACUUUCGGCAUCUCUUUGAUGGCUAUGCAACGAUCGUUAAACUACAAUUUGAUGAUGGUCGACUAAUUGCAGGGCAUCGCCAGAUCGAAUCAGAUGCGUAUAAAGCUGCCAUGAAGAAUCAAAAGAUUUGUUAUCGUGAAUUCUCUGAAGUUCCCAAGGCUAAUAACUUUCUUGCCUAUGUUGGGGAGCUUGCAAGUCUUUUCUCUGGUGCAUCAUUGACCGAUAAUGCGAACACUGGGGUUGUGAAGCUUGGCGAUGGUCGAGUCAUUUGCCUUACAGAAACUCAAAAGGGGUCAAUAAUGAUCAACCCUACCACGUUAGAGACUGUGGGGAAGUUUGAGUAUAGCGAUUCACUUGGCGGUCUAAUUCACUCGGCUCAUCCAAUUGUUACAGAUUCUGAAUUCCUUACAUUGUUGCCAGAUCUUUUGAACCCGGGUUAUUUGGUGGUUCGUAUGGAACCGGGCUCAAAUGAGCGUAAGGUUAUCGGUCGGGUUAACUGCAAGGGCGGACCAGCCCCGGGUUGGGUCCACUCGUUUCCGGUUACGGAGAAUUACGUGGUGGUGCCGGAGAUGCCGUUGAGAUAUUGCGCUCAAAACUUGUUGAGGGCGGAGCCAACGCCGUUGUACAAGUUUGAGUGGCGGCCUGAGUCCAAAGCCUAUGUGCAUGUGAUGUGCAAAGCUAGUGGAAAAAUUGUAGCAUCUGUUGAAGUACCAUUAUACAUUACGUUUCAUUUCAUAAAUGCAUACGAGGAGAGGGACGAAAAGGGAAGGAUUACGGCCGUGAUAGCUGAUUGUUGUGAACAUAAUGCUAACCCGCUAAUCUUGGACCGACUUCGGCUUCAUAAUUUGCGUCGAUUCACUCCCAACGAUGCCCUUCCCGAUGCUAGGCUGGGAAGGUUCAGAAUACCACUGGAUGGGAGUGGAUAUGGGGAGCUGGAGGCAGCAUUGGACCCAGAAGAACAUGGCAGAGGGUUGGACAUGUGCAGCUUCAACCCUGCUUACUUGGGCAAGAAAUAUGGAUAUGCUUAUGCCUGUGGAGCCCAAAGACCCUGCAAUUUCCCCAACACCCUCACUAAGAUUGAUUUGGUGAAGAAGACAGCAAAGAAUUGGCACGAGACGGGCGCUAUACCUUCCGAGCCCUUCUUCGUGGCUCGACCUGGUGCAACAGAAGAAGAUGAUGGGGUGGUGAUCUCUAUGGUCAGUGGGGAAGAUGGAGAAGGGUAUGCUUUGCUACUAGAUGGAUCCACAUUUGAAGAGAUAGCCAGAGCAAAAUUUCCCUAUGGUCUUCCUUAUGGCCUACAUGGUUGCUGGAUCCCCAAGAAUUAGGAUCACUUCAAUAUCAAGUGUA